CACCCCUUCCACACCCCUCUUCAGUCCUGCCAGCCUUCGCUUUCCUCCCGAAGCCGCCGCGUUCCAGCUUCUCUUUAUUGGACUGGCGUCGUGCGUUUGACUUGGAAUAUGGAUUUUCGUUGUAAUCCGCGGCGAGAUAUUUAUUCGCCAUUUUCGUCUCUAACUGCAGGACGCGAGCGUGCCCAGCUAAGCAAGAUUCUCUAAAGUCAGUGCUGGUACUUAAUAAAGAGAUAUUUCUCCCCCCCCCCGAUCGAAUACCCUGCUCCCUGUGGGGCCCUUUAUUAGCAACGCGCUGGCAAAUCAUGGCAAUUUCCGCUCCAUGCAUUGGUGACCGCGCCGUUCCACACGUGCUGUCGACGCCACGACGAAUAAGCAUCUACUACGAAUGCUGCCGCUGCUGCAAGACCCCGCUCAUGUGCCUUUGCAGCGGAGUCUUUUUCGCUGGCUGGGUCUUACUGACUCUCUGCGCGGUGCGGUGCGGGCGCGGCAGAGUCAGGAUGAUAGUCCUUCAAUCCACGGCGAAUUCUUUAGUUCGAGUCCUCUUUUCCGCUCGCAACGUGUUGGCCAGUACUCGCAUCGUGCCUCCCAGUUCCCUUCCCUCCCUCAGGCAUAUUGCCCCACGGACUUCACCUAUUUCGUUGACGGAGUCCGACAGAUUUUCAGUCUCACUUCAGUCUGACUUCAGUCGCGCCUUCUCGAGAUGCUCGCAGUCGCUUCUGCUCGCCGCGGCGACCAUGGCUCAUCUUCCCGGGCUGAGGUCGAAAUCGACGGUCAAGAUGAUUCCUACGGAUGGACACCGACGGUCCUGAUGGCGCGGUCGUGCAGCGAUUCCAGCGCACCCACGAGCAAUUACGCUCCGGCCAACAAUCCCCCGAGGCCGUUCUCCCGCCCCACGCCUCCGCGGAAUCCGCGGGGCUUCCGCAGCCAGCAGGCUCCUCGUCCGCGCCGGCACUCCUUCAGCACCUUCCACGAGCUUUCCGACGGCUUCGUCCGCGGCUCUCCGAGUCGAGAGUCGCCGCUUGCGACGCAAGGGACAUCCGAGCCGGACCAGGCUCAGUCUGCUAGUAACGCCGCGGAUACGCGCUGCCAUCAUGGCAGCGGAACCGCGAAGAAUUUGACCGAGCGCCGCGGUCCAUACCUCCGCCAAUUGUUUGAAUCCCCGCCGGAGGGUUCUGCACGGAUCGCCGCCGCGGCAGGGGCGUCUGUAGCGUCGCACACACCGGCCGCCCUGCUCGCUGCUUACUCGGCGUUCCAAAAGCAGCCUGCGCCCCCCCGGCCCGCUCCACAGUCCGCGCCGUUCCCACCCAGCGCGGCUGCCGCAUCAUCCUCCGCUCCAGCUCGAGUUGGAGGUACCGGACAGGCGCGAGCGUCGCUGCGGCACCAACGGGCGCGGUCCAUGGAAUCCGUGCUGGAAGAACUGGCGCUCCUGAGGCGGCUGCGAGACGCCAAGGCGGGUCAAGAGAGGAUAGCGAGCGAUGAGAGAGGCGGCAUGUUCGGAUGUUUGACAGUGGCUGCAGGGCUGCCAUCGUGCAAUCAUUUCAGAAGAAGACAAGAGACGCCAGCGCGGAUGCCAACGCCAACGCCACACGGACAGCUCUCGGCGCUUGAGCCAAUCACCCUCCGGCCUCGGCUGAAGGUCCAGUCUCAGUGCACGAGGCAGGCGGCUCCCCACAGGCAGCCAGCUAAAACAACGAGCUCUUCUCGCUGCACUGCUGCAGCUUCCAGUAGAAGCACUGCCCCUGGCGACUCACCCAAGGCAAAAUUCACAGCCUGUGUUGCGAGGCGAGCCUGCUCCUGUGCGGUAAAUUCACCUCAGCCAGCUAAGGUACAAUCACCCCAUGCUGCUGACUUGCCUCCUCAAGCAUCUUCACCAACUGUCACGAAGGUUCGUCAAGCCUUCUUCGCAAGCCACGUCAGCAUCACCCCCGCCUUCCCUCCUACUACGUCAACAUCAGCCUUCUGCUCGUCUACAACGCCUGCACUCCCUGCCCCAUCUUCCCUGCCAGCAUCAGCCUCUUCCGCACCUCCCUAUCUCCCGUCAGACUCCAGCUGCAAUUACUCAUCAUCUGCCCACUCCCCCUUGUUGCCCUUCACUCUGAAGGAGUCAGAUUCAGCAGCAGCAACUUGUACUCGAAAUGCCGAAACACAGUGCAAGUUGGCCCCUAACAAUGGUACCAGCAGCUGUUGUGAAACUGAGGCCCUGCCUACGUAUCAGCUGCUGCCUGGGUCACCAACGAGGGAGAAAGACCCUCUACAGAGAAUGCCCAGGACAUCAGCUGCAGGAGGGUGUGAUGAAGGGUGCACCAAGCUUGGUCGGCCAUCGCUGCCCAUGAGCCAAUCAUAUCCACCUGCUGGUUUGGUUGUCACACAGACGGUUAGUGCUGCGGGUGGGAGAAACUCUUCAAGUGUAGCACCAGGGCAGAAGGAGCAAGGCCAAGAUACAGAAGGUAGAGUACAGCAGAGAGCCCAUGACUGCAAUGUUCUGCGAGGGGCACUACUAGAUACGGGCUUUAAGCAAGCCGUUUGCUUACGGAGACAAGCAACAAGGCGCGUUCACUUCAACAAGUGUGUAGAAGUGUGGACUUUCCUAUCAGAAGUGUGAAGCGCCCAGUGGCAAUGGUCUCGAGGAGGUCCACAUCAUCAAUUGUGCUAAUUUGCUCUACUGUUAGACGACCUUUAGGCGGGGCCCUAGAAAGGGCCUUCUGCACAUCGAAGCAUCUGCUUUUAUCAUAUAUGCCGUUAUGAUGUCAUCAGCUAUGUGUGCCUAGAGGCGAGGACAAGUGUCUGGA